UUGACAUGCAUUGCUAUAUCAGUAUAUUCUGAAAUUCAUUAAAACUCACCUCUUGAUUUUGAAUAAAAGAGAUGCAGCUCAAACAAACUGGAGAUUUAGAUGCUGAAUGUGUGCAGAAAAAUUACAAGGAAAAAAGUAGCAAGAAAAACAAAGUAUCGAAGCCAAAAAAGGAAAAACAUAAAAAAUGUAUGGACAAAAGCACUAUCAAAAGUGAAAAUGAAGUUUCUGUGGGCCUGGUUGUUACAAAGAAAUUAAAUACGAAGAAACUAAACAAUAAAGUGGAGAAGGUUCAUGAUAAUAAGAUGACUGAAACACCUAUUGAGAAACCCAUCAAAAAGAAGAAAAAAAAGAAAUUUAAAGAUGUAGAAAAUGGCGUAAUGGAAGUGGAAACCAAUGCGAAUAAUAAUGAGAAAACUACUACCCUUGAUGGUAAAAUGACUAAGGCUGAAAUUUCUAUUAAGAAAUCCAUCAAAAAGAAAAAAAAAAGUGAAAGAAAGUUAAAAGAAAUGGAGAAUGGUGUAGGAAUUGAUAUAAUUGGAGUCAAUAACACAGCCGUGGAUAGUAACAUACCUUAUGCUGAAAUUGCUAUAGAGAAAAAGCCUGUCAAAAAGAAGAAAAAAACAAAAAAGAACUUAAAUGAGGGGAAUGAUAUAGGCAUCGUUACAACUGAAGUUGAAAAGACUGUUGAAAAUGAGAAGAGGAAGAAAAGUAAAGAAACUGUUACUGUCAAUGAGAGUUUCAAUGACAAGAAAAAGUCAAAAUUAAACGAAACAGAAAACACUUCAACAUCUAUAACAUUAGAAAAUACAACAAAACGGAGGAAAAAGAAGAAAAAUAAAAAGGACGUAGAAAAUACCUCAGGCAACCUAAUUAUUUCGGGUGCGAAUGAAACUCUUGCCAGUAAAACUGGGACGGAAGAUCUGGACAGUAAGAGUACGUCCCUGCAAAAUGAAUCAAAUAUAUCAGUAAGCGAUGAAAUGAAAAAUAACAAGCGUAAAAGAAAAAGCAGUGCAAUCACGCAAGAUGAUACUUCAGCUGAUUUUCCAGUUAAGAAAAAGAAACGGAAAAAAGCUAUGCACAAAGAAAUGACAUCAUCUGAAGCAUCAGUUGUUGCGAACAUGAAAGAUUCAUCUUCUGUUGAAAAUGAUGUGAGUCAUAAGAAGAAAAAGAGGAAGAAAUCAAAAUAUGGUCAUAUUUCUGGAAAUGAUGUUCUUGACAAACCGAAAAAAGAUGGUCGGCACCAAAUUGUCACAGGUGAAGAACAUCUAGAUACUGAUAAGCUUGGACAAUGGAAGACGGCCAAACUAGCAUCAUCUGCUCAGCAGGAUAAAUUUGCCAGAUUACUUGGUUGUGCUAAAUCCAAAGAUUCAGCAGAAACCUCAUUAACUCAAACAAAUUGUCAAAGCUUGCUCAGUAAAUUAACUGGAGUUUGGAAACCACCACAAGGAAGGAAACUUUGGGGUACAUUACAAAACAAUAACAAAACAUUUUCGACAAUGGCCCCAGAUGAAAAUGAAUCUAAAAAACUUGCUAAUAACCUUGAAACCCAAUAUAACCAGACACUUUCAUUUAAUUUGCAAAAAAGAAAAGAGGGCAAUGCAGCAAAAGGCUUGGGAUUUGAAGAAGAUCCAGCAAAAGGGAAAAUUAACUACAUUGACAUUCAUAACGUGAAGUCUGUAGCAUUGGACUAAACCAAGUAAAUAAUAUAAAGGGUGUGUGUGUUCAUGGAAAUUGUAUUUUUGAAUGUAGAUGAAGCGCCAAUACACUGUCCUUUACUCCUUUA